UGUGCUGUUAGUGACAUUUUGUUCAUUUGUCAGAUACGUAUAAAUAAAUCAUUAAUUAAUUUGUUGUCAAGUACGUGUUUGAAAGGAAAGUUGUAUUAGUUUCUCAUCAGUAAUUUUACUUGUUAUAUCGUAGAAAUCCGAAAAUGGGUUGUGACGGGGGUACCAUUCCUAGAAGAGAUGAACUUGUAAGAGUGAAAAAGAAGCCAGAGACCAAAGAUAAAGACUCAGAACUUGGUUUUAAGUGGAGGUGUUGCUCAAUUACUCAAGAAAUCCUUCAAGAGCCUGUAGUUGCGUGCCAUCUGGGAAAACUAUAUAGUAAAAUGUCCUUGAUUGAGGCUCUUCUCGAUCGUAGCACUUUGUCUCCAGAAUUCAAACACAUAAAGAGUUUGAAAGAUGUGAAAGAUCUAAAAUUAACAAAAAAUCCGGAAUUUGGUAAAGACGAGAGUAGGAGAGCUGCACCUUAUAUUUGCCCAGUGUUAGGUUUGGAAAUCAAUGGUACAUUCAGAUUUGUUGCUCUUUGGUCAUGUGGAUGUGUUUUCUCUGAAAGAGCUUUAAAAGAAAUUGGUACAAAAAAUUGUCACAAGUGUACAAAACCUUUCGAGGAAGACGAUGUUGUUAUAAUCAAUGGAAAUGAACAAGAUUUAGAAGUUAUGAAAGCUCGAAUGGAAGUCAGGCAACAGAAAAAUAAGAAAAACAAGGAAAAAAAGGUUAAAGUCAAGACAGAAACAGAUGAAAGCAAUUUACCUACUAGUACAAACCUAGAAAAUGGUGAAAAUGUGUCAAAAACAUUGAAAAGGGCAGCAAACGGUUUGAAAUCUGAAGAAAAUUCAAAGAAACUAAAAACAGAGUCAACUUCUUUGUCUAAAAUUGGCAACAUUAUAGCUUCUGGAAAAGUUACUAAAGCUGAAGAAGUUAGAAAAAUGAAGUCUGAUUAUAGUGUUGCUAAGGAUAAAAAUGCUUCGGACGUUUAUAAGUCCCUGUUUACAAGUCACAAGUCUGAAAAGGAACAAAACAGAGCACACUGGGUCACAUAUAAUCCUUUUUAUAAUUAAUUGGUAAACAUACGUAAUUUUAUUGCCUAUUAUUUGUAAUGUUAUUCAUUUAUAUGUCUGUAUUAGAGAAACUAGGUCACAGCAAUUAAAAAUAAAACACUCAUAAAU